GGACAAGCAAGUGUUAAGUGGAGACUCAUUGCAAAAUGAAGCCUAUCUUCUGUGGGAACCUGGAUUUUGAUGCAAGGAUGUCUGAUGUGGAGAGGCUUUUCAAAAAAUAUGGAAGGGUUGAAAGGGUUGAUAUGAAGGCCGGAUUACUUGGAACUACCAUGAUCUUCCCCCGGAUGGAUGAUUCUCUGCGUUUCUUUUUUGGCUUGUGCCCACGAAUACAUGUUAUUAUGUGUGUCUCAGGGAAUCAUUAUGAUCUGCCAUGGUCCUUCCACCCCACACUUUUCUCAGACCAUUGCCCUUAGCAUUCCUCAUGACCUUGCUCCAUCCUCUCAAUUUCUGACUUGUUUCGGCAUAGAUAGCUUGAGCAUCUUGGAUCCUGUGGCAGCUGUUGAGUUCAUUCAGAUUUUUCUUUUUUCCCUUUCCCUCUUUACCCCCUGACUAAUGAGAGUUUUGGGUGGUUUUGCUUUCAUCUAUAUGGAAGAUGAGCGUGAUGCUGAGGAUGCAAUAAGAAAACUUGACAGGAUUGAGUUUGGCAGAAAGGGGCGAAGACUACGUGUGGAGUGGACCAAGCAAGAACGUGGUGCUAGGAAGCCUGACACCUCAAGGAGGUCUUCAGCUAACUCAAAACCUUCAAAAACCUUGUUUGUGAUCAACUUCGAUCCAGUUCAUACACGGACAAGGGACCUGGAGAGGCAUUUUGAACCAUAUGGAAAAAUAUUGAAUGUCAGGAUUAGGAGGAACUUUGCAUUUAUUCAAUAUGACUCUGAAGACGAAGCCAGCAGAGCACUAGAGGCAACAAAUAUGAGUAAGUUAAUGGACCGAGUAAUUUCAGUGGAAUUUGCAAUUAAAGAUGAUGAUGACAGAAGAAAUGGUUACAGCCCUGAAAGAAGAGGCCGUGACUAUUCCCCUGACAGAAGAGGAGGCUAUGAUCGUAGACGUUCCCCUAGUCCAUAUCGUAGGGAUCGGGGUAGUCCUGAUUAUGGACAUGGAUCUGUUCCUAAUUCCAGGCCUCCACCAGCCAGGGGAAGUCCCGAGUACGGUGAGGUGCAAAGCCCUUCGAAUGACAGAUACCACAGCCGUUCACCCCCACCACGCGAGAGAUCCCGAUCCUGAGAAGCAAGAGUUAUGGAGUCAGCAUUUGGGUACUUGGUAGGAAGGAAGUUUUGCUCUGUUACGUAGCAACUCUUCAAUCUUCAAAUUGUUGUAACUUACUUUGAAUUAACCUUACAGUCAACUUCGAACAUUUCUGAUCUCCCCUGCGUGAUGUAGUUGCUAUUUUACUUAGAUUGCGGAAUUCUAAAUGCUUUUAUGCUCCUAAGAUUUUCUCGCUUUCUAGUC